GGCAUCCGCGUGCAGAUGCAGUGUACAGUCCAGGUGAAGUUGGAGCUUGGACACCGUGCCCAGCUACGCAAGAAGCCCACCACUGAGGGGUUCACCCAUGACUGGAUGGUGUUUGUACGUGGCCCAGAGCAAUUUGAGAUUCAGCACUUUGUGGAGAGGGUGGUCUUUCGACUCCAUCAGAGCUUCCCUAAACCGAAACGUGUUUGCAAAGAACCCCCUUAUAAAGUGGAGGAGUCUGGCUAUGCUGGCUUCAUUAUGCCCAUUGAGGUCUACUUCAAAAAUAAGGAGGAACCGAAGAAAGUUUGCUUUACCUAUGACCUUUUUCUAAACCUGGAAGGAAACCCCCCAGUUAAUCAUCUGCGAUGUGAGAAGCUCACCUUUAAUAACCCUACCAAGGAAUUCCGUCACAAACUCCUCAAAGCUGGAGGGGUGAUGGUAAUGCCAGAAGGGGCAGAAACUGUGUCUAGGCCAAGUCCUGACUACCCGAUGCUUCCUACAAUCCCCCUCUCUGCCUUCUCUGAUCCAAAGAAGUCCAAGCCAUCUCAUGGAUCAAAGGAGGUGAACAAAGAUGGCAGCAAAGUCUCCAAGCCCCACAAAGUCACCCGAGAGCAUCGGGAGAGGCCCAGGAAAGAUUCCGAGAGCAAAAACUCCUCUCGAGACCUGGAAAGGGAAGCCGGCAAGCCUGCGAAGGACCCCUCCAAGAAGCACGCUGAGAACAAAGUGCCGAAGGAGGAGAAGCCGGUCCCCAAGGCUGCUUUCAAGGAGCCCAAGCUAGCCCUGAAGGAGCACAAGCUGGAGAAUGCAUCUCCCAAGGGCGGCCCCCCGCCGCCCGAGGGAAAGCCCUCGGCCAAGAGGCCCUUGACAGUGGAGUCACCAAAACCCAGUGCCAAAAAGCUGAAGAAGAACAGCUCCAAAGGAGCCAAGACCGUCCCUGCCAACUCCCACCGGACCCCCUCGUACGCGGAGAAGAAGCCGGCGAAGGAGAAGCCCGGCGCCAGAGCAGAGAAGGCGAAGCCGGAGAGCGAAGCCAAGGCGAUCAAAAAGCCCGUGGAGGUGGCCGUGGCCGAGGAGUCCCACUCGGAGGAUGAGGCCUCGCUCAAAUCAGAGUCUGCCGUGUCCAGCCCUUCCAACUCCAGCUCCAGCUCCGGGUCCAGCUCCGACUCCGAUUUUGAGCCGUCUCAGAACCACAGCCAAGGGCCGCUACGUUCCAUGGUGGAAGACCUGCAGUCGGAAGAGUCGGAUGAUGAUGACAGUUCUUCUGGAGAAGAGGUGGCGGUCAAGUCUACCCCCAUCAGCAGAGAGGCCAGACUCAGUCACAGUGACAGCGACACUGACAACAGCGCAGACUCCUGCCUGCCAAGUCGAGAAACUCCUCCCCGACAGAAACUGCCCUCCUCUAACAAUAAGGUAUCUGGGAGAAAGAGUCCGGAGUCCUGCAAUAAACCAGAAAAGAUCUUGAAGAAAGGGACCUAUGACAAGGCCUACACGGAUGAGUUGGUGGAGCUUCACCGGCGGCUGAUGGCUUUACGAGAACGGAACGUGCUGCAGCAGAUCGUAAACCUCAUUGAAGAAACGGGACAUUUCAACGUCACCAACACAACCUUUGAUUUUGACCUGUUCUCCUUGGAUGAAACCACCGUCCGCAAGCUGCAGAGUUACCUGGAGGCUGUGGCUACGUGACCUUUGGCCUCGAAGCAGAACCCCCGAGCUUCUCUUUGGAAACCGGCAUCCCCGUCUCUUUGGGAUUAGGAAAGGGGCCGUGAACUUGGGCCACUGCCUUAUUCUCUCGUUUCACCUGAAGCACUGCCUUAGGGAUCAGCCACGCUCUAGCAACACGCUGCUGCCGCCGCCGCCGCCGCCACCAGCUCCGUUUCUUCUUUUGGGCUUCAGCUGAGCGCUCGCCUCUGCCCGCCCCCCUCCCUUGUUCCGACGCUUGCUUGGAACCCGCUAGAGCGAGAGCAGGGUUGGUCCCAGCGGCACAAACUGGGCUCGUCUUCGUUUCCGAACCCCUUUCGUUUAGAGGAAGAGCGUCUGUCUGGGUGUUUUAAGGAAUACACUUGCGAGGCAUCUCUCCAGUCUGGGAUAAACGCAGCGCUCAUUUCCGUUGGACCUACGGCCACUCGCCUGCGGGGCGUGGGGCUUCUCUCCCCCGCGCCACCUGCCCUCCCAGCCUCCUGGGGCCACGACCCGGCCGCGUUGGGCUUGCUACAGCCUAACCGCACUGGGGGCCAAAGACCGCUGCCCUGCCAGCUGCCGUGGGCUCGGCUCGGCUCGGCUCUGGGCUCGCAGCCUUCCGGGUGCAGGUGCGAUGUGCUCGGCGAGGCAGGCUGGAAGGCCAGGGUGCCUUGGAGGGAUUUCUGGCACGGGUGCCGCUGAAGACGCUGCCCGCAGCCUUGCCCUCAAGGCUUUAGACGCUGCGUGGGAUCCCGUCUCUUGGAAGAAAGCCUUGUUCUUUCCCCCUUUUGAUCUGCUUUGACUGUAAGGACUACGUUAUUGUAUGCUGUCUGUUUUAGAUAUAUAUGUAUAUAUAUAUAAUAUAUAUAUAUAUUAUAUAUAUAUAUAUGUGUGUGUGUGUACGGUGUAAAAAGACCUAAUUGGGUCUUAAGGUCUCAGAGGGUUAGGGAGGGCACACUAAGGCUUUUUAAGAUUUAAAAAAGAAAAAAAAGGGGGGAAGGAGUGGUGAAAUAGGGCUUGUGCUACUUUUUGUUCGUUUGUUCAAAAUGUCUCUUGGCAAUUUUUAGCAUUUAGAAACAGAGAAGCAAAAGGCCCGCAAUGCCUUUUGUGCUGAGCUCUGUAAUGGACCCGUCUGUGCUGCGUUGUUGUUUUUUUUUUU